AUGGCCAUUGCUCCAGCAGCUGUCUUGGGCGGAGAAGAAGCCACACAGGAGAGGCACAGGAGCUCCAGUAUGCUGGGCCUGAAGGAGGGUGUGGUGCUGUUGGGCCAGGAGAGCAGUGCCAGUGGGAAGUCCCCGUGCACUCUGAGCCUUAGUUUCUUCCUCUGUGGAGAGGGUGGUGAUCCUGCAGGGCUGCAGGAGGGGGAGGGCAUCAGGAGGGAGAAGAGCAGCCACAAGCCCUAUGCAGAGCAGACAUCGGGCGCUUGCUGGAGAGAAUGCCCGCUGAAUGGAGCCCCAACUGUCAAAGAGCUGAGCUGUGGGACCAGCCAGAGCAAACCCCUGGAGCUGAGGGGAAAUAGGCCUAUCCGUGUGGCUGUGGGUGGGGCAGAUGAGGGGCUGACCAGGGAGGGCCUGGAUGGUAGGCUGAGGUCAAGAGAAGGCCAGGUUCUGCCUGGACUCACCCGGUUAGCCCAACAUAAAGCGCUUAGCCCAACACAAGCGAGGGCAGGAAGCCAGGAGCCCCUCCCACUUCAGCAGCUGAGGCGCUCCCAGGUCUUGUUCCUGGGCAUGUCAAGGUGUCAGGUGUGGGACGUGGGCAGGGCUGAGAGCCCUCAGGGGGAGACAUUGAGAACCUCCCCCACCUACCCACACUCCACCUCUGCUCCUGAGGACCAUGAGGGCAAGGGCAGUGCCAAGGCAGGACGGGACAAGUGUGGGCCCCAGGAGACCCCAGACCCAGAUUCUGAAACCAAAAGAGACCAUCUGAGAAUCAUAGAACCUGAGAACCACACUUGGGAUCCUCAGGACUUAGGUGCCCCAGCAGCAGGCAAGGAACGGGGACAGACUUGUGCGUGGCCUCCUGCGCCCGAGCAUCCUCCCGCCGCCCGCCCCGUCCUGCCCCCUCGGCCGCGGCCAGCUUCCUCGGGGUGGCCGGGAGGGCCGAGGACGUGCUCGGCCGUCGCACCUGCACUCAUGGAAGUCGCAGGGGCGCGGGCCACGUUCGGAGCCUGGGACUACGGGGUCUUCGCCCUCAUGCUGCUGGUGUCCACCGGCAUCGGGCUGGGGGUCGGGCUGGCUCGGGGCGGGCAGCGCAGCGCCGAAGACUUCUUCACGGGGGGCCGGCGCCUGGCGGCCCUGCCCGUGGGCCUCUCGCUGGCCGCCAGCUUCAUGUCGGCCGUGCAGGUGCUGGGCGUGCCGGCCGAGGCCUACCGCUACGGCCUCAAGUUCCUCUGGAUGUGCCUGGGCCAGCUGCUCAACUCCCUGCUCACUGCCGCCUUCUUCCUGCCCGUCUUCUACCGCCUGGGCCUCACCAGCACCUACCAGUACCUGGAGCUGCGCUUCAGCCGCGCGGUGCGGCUCUGCGGGACACUGCAAUACCUGGUGGCCACGGUGCUGUACACUGGCGUCGUCAUCUAUGCACCCGCGCUCAUCCUGAACCAAGUGACCGGGCUGGACAUCUGGGCGUCGCUCCUGUCCACCGGAAUUAUCUGCACCUUCUACACGGCUGUGGGCGGCAUGAAGGCUGUGGUUUGGACUGAUGUGUUCCAGGUGGUGGUGAUGCUGACUGGCUUCUGGGUCAUUCUGGUCCGUGGUGCCAUGCUCGUGGGUGGGCCCCGGCAUGUGCUCAGGCUCGCCCAGAACCACUCCCGGAUCAACCUAAUGGACUUUGACCCAGAUCCACGGAGCCGCUAUACAUUCUGGACAUUUGUGGUGGGUGGCACCUUGGUGUGGCUCUCGAUGUAUGGUGUGAACCAGGCACAGGUGCAGCGCUAUGUGGCCUGCCGCACGGAGAGGCAGGCCAAGCUGGCCCUGCUUAUCAACCAGCUGGGCCUGUUCCUGAUCGUGUCCAGUGCUGCUGGCUGCGGUAUCGUCAUGUUUGUAUUCUACAACGACUGCGACCCUCUCCUCACAGGUCAUAUCUCUGCCCCAGACCAGUACAUGCCCCUGCUGGUGCUGGACAUCUUCAAGGACCUGCCUGGCGUUCCCGGGCUCUUCCUGGCCUGUGCCUACAGCGGCACCCUCAGCACGGCUUCCACCAGCAUCAAUGCCAUGGCUGCCGUCACCGUGGAAGACCUCAUCAAACCGCGGCUGCCGAACCUGGCACCCCGGAAACUCGUGAUUAUCUCCAAGGGGCUCUCACUCGUCUACGGCUCGGCCUGUCUCACCGUGGCGGCUCUGGCCUCACUGCUGGGGGGCGGAGUCCUCCAGGGGUCCUUCACCGUCAUGGGGGUCAUCAGCGGGCCCCUUCUCGGAGGCUUCAUCCUGGGAAUGUCCCUGCCCGCCUGCAACACGCCCGGCGUCCUCUCAGGACUGGGCGCGGGCUUGGCGCUGUCACUGUGGGUGGCCGUGGGCGGCACGCUGUACCCGCCUAGCGCGCAGACCAUGGGGGUCCUGCCCUCUUCGGCUACCGGCUGCGUGGCUCCCUCAGCCAACGUCUCUGGCCUUCUGGACCCCCUCCUCGCUGCCAACGCCUCCAGCAGGGCCCCCAGCUCCGCGUUAGACCCCGGCCGACCCGCCUUAGCUGACAGCUUCUACGCCAUCUCCUACCUCUAUUACGGUGCCCUAGGCACGCUGACCACCGUGCUGUGUGGAGCUCUCGUCAGCUGCCUGACGGGUCCAACCAAGCGCAGUGCCCUGGGUCCUGGGUUGCUGUGGUGGGACCUCGCACGGCAGACGGCGUCAGUGGCCCCCAAAGAGGAAGUGGCCAUCCUGGAUGACAGCUUGGUGAAGGGUCCUGAAGAACUCCCCCUUGGAACCAAGAAGCCCCCUGGCUUCCUGCUCACCGAUGAGGACCAUCUGCUCUUCCUGGGGCAGAAGGAGGUGGAGGAUGCCGGCUCCUGGACCCCGGGCAGUGGACAUGAAGAUGGUCAUGACCAGCGGGAGACAGACCUCUGA